AUGUCUUCUCUAGACUGGCUCCUUGAUCUAUGCGCCGUGGCCAAGACAUCUGGUAGCGGUAUCAUCACUGACGAUACUCUUGAAAAUCAGCUUCCACCAAGCAAAGACCCAUGGUAUUCCGCGUCCGAGGAAUGGGAGUCCAGAAAACCUGGCGAUGUUCUUCGCAUUCGUUCCGUAUUGAACCUGGUCAGAAUCUUGGAAGGCUCCGCAGCUGUGUAUCAUAUCCUUUACCGCUCAACAGACUCACAGGAUUGUCCAUCAUGGGCUGUCACCACGCUCUUCAUUCCAAUUUCACUUUACCAAUCUCCAUCUGGAAAAGCAGCCAUUCUCUCAUACCAGUUCGCGUACAACACUUGCAAUGUUGAUUCCAGCCCGUCAUUUGCUUUAUCUGGAGUAAUGGCGAGAAGUGAACCGAACCUUGGUAUCAAAUCGAGUACUUCUUUGGUCACUGAGAUACUGUCAUUUGGGUGGAUCGUCAACAUCCCGGACUACCUUGGGCCAGACGCUGCAUUUGGCGCAAGUGCCCAAGCGGGCCGUGCGACUCUCGACGCGUUACGAGCUGUUCAUAAUGUUCUCAGUUUGGGGGAUAAUUAUGGGUUCAACGCUGCGAUAUGGGGAUAUAGCGGUGGCUCAAUCGCUACAUUCGUAGCGGCCGAGCUGCAACCAUCCUACGCGCCAGAGCUCAAGAUCUCAGCAGCUGUUGUCGGCGGACUCGUGGACGACAUAUCCGCCGCAAUGGACAAGAUCAACAAGAGUCCUAUCGCUGGCACUCUGAUUGCCCUCUUACUAGGAAUCACAGCGCAAUGUCCAGCAGAACGGGCUUACCUAGAAAGCCGUCUUAUCCCAGAGACGAAAGAUGGCUUCAUGUCGACCGUGAACACCGAACUCACUCAAAAUGUGGCCAAGUACUCCGGACAAGACAUUUAUGCGUUCUUCAAAGGUGGAGGUGAAGAUCUAAGAGCUCCUAUUUUGCGAGAGCUCUAUCAUAAGCAAGCAAAGCUGGGAUACAGAGAAACGCCCAAAAUGCCCAUGUUCCUGUACAAGGCUAUACAGGAUCAGUUCUGUCUCAUUGAGCUCACUGAUGCGACGGUUGAUAGAAUCUGUGAGAAAGGAGCGGAGAUCACAUUUGAGCGGAAUACAGUAGGUAGCCAUGUUUCUGAGAUUGAGAAUGGGAAACCAAGGGCGUUUAGGUUUCUGAAGAGUAUCUUUGAUGAGUCGUACCAGUCUCCUACAUCGAAGCGGAAUGUGAUGGAUGUCACGGUUGAUGUUUCCUCACAGAAUAAGUGA